CGCCUCUCUGCAGCAUUAUCCAUUGUCACUUGUAAGGCCCUCAAAUGUCCACGUCGCCCGCGCCUCUGUCUUCCCGUUCACUCCACCCCCUCAUCGCCGUAUACCUAUAUAUGUCAAUCGGCGAGGACACCCAAUAAAAACCCGUCGUCACCAAGAACCCUAGACUGGAAAUCAACACCCAAAAGGCACAUCGAGAAUGGGCAGCAAGAAAGCGAUAGAAGUGGUGAGGGGUCUGGAUGUGGAGAGGUACAUGGGGAGGUGGUAUGAGAUCGCCUCCUUCCCGUCCACCUUCCAGCCCAAGAACGGGGUGGACACCAGGGCCACAUACAAGCUCAACCCAGACGGCGGCACGAUCAGUGUGCUGAACGAGACUUGGAGUAACGGGAAGAGGGGUUUCAUUCAGGGGACCGCUUACAAGGCCGAUCCCAAGAGCGAUGAGGCCAAGCUUAAGGUCAAGUUUUAUGUGCCCCCUUUCUUUCCCAUCUUCCCUGUCACUGGUGACUACUGGGUUCUCUACAUUGACAAUGAUUAUAAGUAUGCCCUGGUUGGCCAUCCUUUCAAAACCUAUCUUUGGGUACUAUGCCGGGAGUCUCGUCUGGACGACGAGACUUUCAACCAGCUGGUUGAGAAGGCAAAAGCCGAGGGGUACGACGUCAGCAAGCUCCACAAGACGGUCCACUCGGAUACUCCGCCGCCGGAUGCGGAAGGGGCGGGGGCAUCAUCCGAUGACAAGGGCAUUUGGUGGAUUAAAUCCCUCUUUGGAAGGUAGGACAUUGCAAUGCCAAGGGUCUAUCUGGUACAGAAAAAAUAAAGAGCUACUCCCAUGGGAGUCUAGUCUAGUUGUGAUAUGUGCACAGUUUGUUGUGAUAUGUGUUACUGUUGUUUGAUGGUGAAAUGAUUUGUGUAAUUUGUGGCGUAUACGUUUUGUUAAUCUUU